CCUACAGAACUGUCCCAAGUCGUUGCAUAUUCUUCUCCGUCACUUGCUCACAUCUACCUUUACCUGUGCUACCCAACUCCGCUCUCUUCCCGGCAAAGCUCAAAAUCCUUAAAUCUCCCCAACUCGACAAACCCUAAUCGCAACUUUUUGGAGAAGAUGAUUCCUUGCAAGCUGAUUGUUUCCCUCGCGCUGUCCCUGUGUCUGCUGGCGCCGUUGAUUCAGGCCGCCGACUUCCGGUACUGCGAUAAGAAGUCUGAUUCUGGCGAUGUUACUGUGAAUGGAGUGGAGAUCACUCCCGACCCGAUCACUAGGGGCAAGCCUGCUACCUUCACCAUCAAAGCCACAGCAGAUAAGGCAUUCUCUGGAGGAAAACUGGUGAUUGAUGUUUCUUACUUCAUAUUCCAUGUGUAUUCGGAGACUAAGAACCUUUGCGAUGAGACAUCCUGCCCUGUCUCCACUGGUGAAUUUGUGGUUUCCCAUUCACAAAUUCUUCCUGGAGUCACUCCACCUGGAUCAUACACCAUCCAAAUGAAGAUGUAUGAUGCAAAGAACAAAGAGCUGACCUGCAUUUCGUUUCAAUUCACCAUCGGGUUCGGAUCCGCUGUUGCCGACAGUUGAACUCGAAUUGAGUAGCAGGUGUCUCAACAAAAUGUAAAUUUCAGUGUCGUUCCGAAACUUUCCACAAUAUGCUUGCUGUAGAUAGAAAGAAACCCCUUCCAGCACACGUUAUACCUGUACCUACCUCACUCCAACAUGGCAGAAAUGGGUUUCAGAGUUGAUAUUGUAAAUUUAGAUCUGGUGGUGUUUGCCUGUCACUUGGUCGGUUUCUAUCAAUGCGAGUUCCGCUGUUUUGAAGUAUGAACUGAACCGAGUCCAAUAUCUUUAGCGAUCCUCACUAUCAAGGUUUACUAUUAUUAUAUCCAAUAUGGCAAUAUCCAUGCAACUCUAGUUCUUAUCCGAA